AUGAGCACCGCUAACUGCAGAUUCUACGAAAACAAGUUCCCAGAGGUGGACGAUGUUGUGAUGGUCAACGUCCAACAGAUUGCUGAGAUGGGGGCGUAUGUCAAGUUGUUGGAGUACGAGAACAUCGAGGGGAUGGUCUUGCUUUCCGAGUUAUCCAGACGUCGUAUCCGUUCGAUCCAGAAGUUGAUCCGUGUGGGCAAAAACGAGGUUGUGGUUGUCUUGAGAGUCGACAAGGAGAAGGGGUACAUUGAUUUGUCCAAGAGAAGAGUCUCCUCCGAAGACGUCGCUAAGUGUGAGGAAAGAUACACCAAGAGCAAGGCCGUGCACUCCAUCUUGAGACACUGUGCCGAGAAAUUCAAUCUCCCGUUGGAAGGCUUGUAUAAAACUGUCGGCUGGCCGUUGUCUCGUAAAUUUGGACAUGCCUACGACGCCUUCAAGGUGUCCAUCACCGACCCAACCAUUUUCAACGAUGUCACUCCACCGAACGAAGAGGUGCUUGCCGAAUUGAAGAUGUACAUUUCCAGAAGAUUGACCCCACAGGCCAUCAAGAUCCGCGCCGAUGUCGAGGUUUCUUGUUUCGGCUACGAGGGUAUCGAUGCCAUCAAGGCCGCGUUAUACGACGCUGAGGCCUUGUCCACCGAGCAGAUGCAGAUCAAGGUCAAGUUGGUUGCCGCGCCGUUGUACGUCGUGACCACCCAGGCCUUAGACAAGCAGCAGGGGAUCGAGUUGAUAGAGCAGGCGAUCGAGAAGAUUAAGGAGCAGAUUACCGUUUCUGGUGGUGUCUGCAACGUCACCAUGGCUCCGAAGGCGGUUACUGCCACCGAGGACGCCGAAUUACAGGCCUUGAUGGAGCGCAAGGAGAUGGAGGGGAAGCAGAACUCGGACUCCGAGUCUGACUCCGAGGAGGAAUAA